GCGGAGCCGGGAGCCGGGAUGACACUAGGGGUGGGGUCCGCGCUCGGAAGCCGGGGCUAACCCGAGCUCUAUGCUGCAGAGGCACCCGACCCGGUUAGCGCCCAGCCCCUGGGAUUGCCAGUCACUGCGCGCUUUGGGGCACGGAGGUGCCCAGUCCUGAGGGGCAUCCCACGUCCUGUCGCUGACAGGGUCCGGGAGUCAGUAUCCCUGGGUUCUAGUCCCCUCAUUGGCAAAAACUCCGCUGGAGCCUGGCCCUCUUUUUACCAGUUUCCCCAUCCAUGAAAUAGGACAGGUUGGAUCUUUAGAGCGCUAACAUUCCAGAACUCGGAUGGGGUGAAGAGGAGGGAAGGAUGGGCGACCCACACGUGACUUCCCCGCGCGGAGCCCCGCCUACCCCUGAUCCAGGGGAUGGCAGCUCCGGCCGGGGCGGGCGGGGUGGGCGGGUCCUAGGAAACCCGACCCGGCCGCCCUUGGCAGCACCUAAGGCGGAGCGCAGGGCUCUGCCGCCUGCUCGCCCCGGGGUCGGCACCCGUAGAGGAUGGGGACCGCACCCUCAGCUUCGCGGGGAGCCAACGUGGAGGCCAGGGCGGCGCAGAGACUCGGCGUGUGAGCGCCUGGGGAGGACGAACAAGGGGCGGGAGACAGCUAACCGGUUUCCCUCUCCGAACCCCGUUCGCUGAGGCGCACGUCGAGGCUCCCGGGCGGGUUCCGUGGACGUUGGCAGCAGCGCCGAGCGAGUCACGGACCAUGAGGAGCGUUCGGGCCGCGCGACCCGAGGCCUGGACGGGGGCUGGCCGCGUCCUGCCGCGCUGAGGGGGAGGCCAACAGGGGCGCGGGCGGCCGAUCCCCGCCAGAGCGCACCGCGAUGGCGAGGGAGGAGUGCAAGGCGCUGCUGGACGGGCUCAACAAGACUACCGCAUGCUACCACCACCUGGUGCUCACCGUCGGCGGCUCGGCGGACUCGCAGAACCUGCGGCAGGAGCUGCAAAAGACGCGCCAGAAAGCGCAGGAGCUGGCAGUGGCCACCUGCUCCCGGCUGACUGCCGUGCUGCGCGACCGGAGCCUGGCCGCCGAAGAGCGCGCGGAGUUCGAGCGACUCUGGGUGGCCUUCUCGGGCUGCCUGGACCUGCUGGAAGCGGACAUGCGACGCGCGCUGGACCUGGGCGCCGCGUUCCCGCUGCACGCACCGCGGCGGCCGCUGGUGUGCACGGGCGUAGCGGGCGCCUCCUCCGGCGUGGCGGCGCGCGCUCUGAGCACCCGCAGCCUGCGGCUCGAGGCGGAGGGCGACUUCGACGUCGCGGACCUGCGCGAGCUGGAGCGCGAGGUCCUUCAGGUGGGCGAGAUGAUCGACAACAUGGAGAUGAAAGUCAACGUGCUCCGCUGGACCGUGCAAGCCCGGCAGGCGCCUGGCGCCGAGCUCCUGUCCACGGUCGGGGCCGGCCCCUCCUCGGUUGUGUCCGUGGAGGAGCGCCAGGGGGGCUUCGACCCCAGGAAGGCCCUGGCCGCCAUCCUUUUCGCCGCCGUGCUGCUGGCGGCUGUGGCCCUAGCCGUGUGCGUGGCGAAGCUGAGCUGACGGACACCCGACGGCCGCCUGCCCGCCCCAUCUCCUUCCCCGGAGACAAGACUCGGGAUGGGUGUGGGGUCUGGCCUGUGCAAGGGGAGCGGUCCCAAAACCCCGUGUGCGCAUGGGGGCACGCGCGUUUCCAGCGCACUUCUGCCUGGGCAGGACACGGUUUCCUCUUGCUGGCCCUGGAGGAGUUAACUUUGCGCGGGCGGUCAGGGCAUUACCGCUAAUGUCUGCAGGAGCUUUAUUCCCUAUUAAUAGAAAACCGUCACAGUGUCCCCAGAUCCCUCCGAGUUAAUGAGUUAACACGUGUGCUGUUGGGGCGUCUUUACCGGGAGUCCUGUAAACCCCCACUCCUGCCGGUGUCGCCCCCUCUCCGCGUGGGACAGUUUGAAAAGUGGGGUGGGGUGGAGUGAAGCUUGAAGAGGGGUGCUGUUUGGCUCUAUGUGGUUGGUUGGUCUGUUUCUUGGACAAGAAACAAAUUGCAAUUAGAUGUCAGCAGAUUUUAUUACCUUCAUCUUUCGGGGCCUAAAUUUAGAAGAGUGUGCCGAGAGCAGUUCAUACAAAGGGCUUUCUCUAAGGCGCGCUAGCGCUUCCUGGCAGAGUUUAUCCAUUUGUCCCCAAAAGCAGCUAGAAGAGAUUUGAGGUCAUGACCUCCCAUUGCCACCCAGGGGCUGGCCCUAUUUAGGAAACCAAAGAGGGCGGAUUGAACCCACUCUCAUGGACCCAGUGCGCACACUUGCCUGCAGAAAAGGGCUCUUCCCCAGCCAUCCAGAGAUGGGGGUAAGAGGAAGAGCAGAGGCUCGGGAUGGGGCCACCUGCUGUUUAAACUGGCACUUUCUCCUUCUCUGGGGCUUUUUUUUUUUUUUCCAGAACUAGACCAGAGUGUUUGAUCCUCCUUUGCGGGAGGGCUAGGAAUCCUCUUUAGAGCACUUAAUCCUAUUUAUCCCCUGGAAUGUGCGUGCUGGCCAGUAGGAGGGCUGGCUUUGCAGCUCCCUGACCCCCACGCUGCCUGCCCCUCCAGGGUAAUGUAGCAUUACUGGCCCACAGAGGUUUUGAGCCAAUCAGCUCUGAGACUGGGUUAGAAUGUAACAGCUUUAACUUGGAAUUUAAGACGCUUUUUAAGAAGCUUUUAAAAAGUAAUAAUCCUCUGAAAGAAAAAUGACAUCACCACAGUGUACUAUGAAAGCUGUUUUUUUAAUAAAGACCAUUGGGCCAUGAAUUCAUACCUGCCAAUGAGUCAAACAUAGCAUUUUUACAUAGAUACUUAGAUUACUAAAUAUACAUUGCAUCUAUUUUUGAAGUUGAUAUAUUUUUUCUUCUUUUUUGAGACAGGGUUUCCCUCUGUCACCCAGGCUGGAGUGCAAUGGUGUGAUUGUGGCUCACUACAGCCUCCAAAUCUGGGGUUCGAGCUGUCCUCCUACCUCAGCCUCCUGAGUAGCUGGAACUACAGGUGUGUGCCACCACACCUGGCUAAUGUUUUUUAAGGCAGUUUAUGUAUUUAUUUGUUUGUUUGUUUGUUUUUAUUUUUCUUUAGAGACAGGAUAUUGCUGUGUCACGCAGGCUGGAGGGUAUUGGCACAGUCCCAGGAAUUCAAACCACAGCCUUGAAUUCCUUGGCUCAAGCUAUCCUCCCACCCAGCCUCCCAAGUAGCUGGGACUAACAGGGUGCACCACUGCACUCAACUAAUUUUUUGUAGAGACAGGAUGUGACUGUGUUGCCCAGGCUGGUCCUGGCCUCAAGCAGUCCUCCCACCUUGGCCUCCCAAAGUACUGGAAUUAUAGGCAUGAGCCACUAUGCUCAGUCUAAAAGCAAUAUUCUUUAUUUUUUCUAUAAUUUCACUUCAAAAUAAAAUCUAUAUUCUUGAGUAGCAUAAAAUACUGGAACGACAGGUGUAAAUGACAGAAUGUUAAGUGGCCCCUAAUUCUUUUGAUCAACAGGUAAGAAAAUGUUUGGUCCUUGAUCCCAGGAUGACAUCUGCCUGAGCAGUGCUGCCAACUCCCACCUGUGGUCCAGAGAGAGCUCUGGAGCUCUGUCCCAUUCUUGGGGAAGUCAGGAUGUGAAAACAGAUGCAUUUAACUUUCCUUUUUUUUUUUUUUCUUUUUUUGAGGUGGAGUUUCACUCUUGUUGCCCAGGCUGGAUGGAGUGCAAUGGUACUAUCUCAGCUCACUGCAACCUCUGCCUUUAGGGUUCAAGCAAUUCUCCUGCCUCAGCCUUCUGAGUAGCUGGGAUUACAGGCAUCUGUCACCACAUCUAGCUAAUUUUUGUAAUUUUAGUAGAGAUGGGGUUUCACCACAUUGACCAGGCUGGUCUCAAACUCCUGACCUCAGGUGGUCAGCUCACCUUGGCAUCCCAAAGUGCUGGGAUUAGAGGAGUGAGCCACUGCGCCAGGCCACAUUUAACUUUCUAAAGGUAAUUUGCAAUAAAUUUCAGAGACUUUGGCUGAAAACUGACAAGGAUUUUUUUUAAAUUCCUUUUUUACCCCAGAAGUGAGAAUGGGGACCAGGGGAAAGGAACUGGCCAUCUUUCACAAGGGCAGCUUGGAAGACCAAAGGGCAGAAGUGGAUACAGAAGGGGUGUCCUCAGGGCACCCAGACUUAAGAGUCACUCCACCACCAACCCCCCACUUCUCAGGAGGACUAAAGAUUCCAGUAGCUCAGAUAGGGCAAAUGUGGGAUCUGUGUUUGUGUCUGUGAUUAUGCUUCUGAAAGACCCACAAGGUCUUAGGCUGAGGAAAGAUUUUGCAAUUAUGUGUGUGUGUGUGUGUGUGUGUGUGUGUGUAUAUGGAGAGAGAGAGAGAGAGACUGGGUCUCUGUCUGUUGCUCAGGCUAGAGUACAGUGGCACAAUCAUAGCUUACUGAAGCCUGAAACUCUUGGGCUUGAGAGAUCCUCCUGUCUCAUUCUCCUGUCUGGGACUAUAGGCGUGCACCAUCACAACCAGCUAAUUCUUUAAAUAUUUUUAUUUUUUAGUCCUUGUAAAGACGGAGCGUUCACUCUGUUGUCCAGGCUGGUCUCAAACUCCUGGGCUCAAGGAUCCUCCCACAUCAGCCUCCCAAGACCCUGAGCUUUAUAGGUGUGAACCACCAUGCUUAGCUGACAAUUACUAAUACCAAGAACUCCUGCUUCAUCCAGUCUGGGUGAAUCUGAAUAGGGGCCACUUCCAAUUCUUUUGCACCUGGUUGCCCAGAGUGCCUUUGGAGAUGACAUAGAACGUUUUUAAGGCCCUCCUCCCACACCUGGAGUCUCUUGCUACCUUCCCCAGAGUCUCAUCCCUCUCUAGAGAAGGCGGGAUAUUUCAUAACCCUGUGUUGGAAAAUAUACCUAGGCUGGCACAGUGGCUCAAGCCUGUAAUCCCAGCACUUUGGGAGGCUGAGACAGGUAGAUCACUUGUGGCCAGGAGUUUGAGAUCACUCUAGCCAACAUAUCGAAGCCUUAUCUCUACUAAAAAAUACAAAAAUUAGCCAGGAAUAGUGGCACACACCUGUAGUCCUACCUACUCGGGAGGUUGAGGCCGGAGAAUCACUUGAAUGCAGAAGGUGGAGGUUGCAGUGAGCAAUGUUGUGUCACUGCACUCCAGCCUGGGCAAUGGAGCAAGAUUCCGUCUCAAAAAUAAUAAUAAUAAUAAAAUAAAAUUUCUAAAAAUGUACCUAAAACUCGAGUCCUAAAGAUAUUCUCCUGUUUCUAACACUGGGAACCUUUGUUCUUAUCAAGGUAUUUUGGUUCAUGAAUUUUUUUUUUUUUGAGAUGAGGUUUCACCAUGUUGGCCAGGUUGGUCUCGAACUACUGACCUCAUGGGAUCUGCCCACCUCAGCCUCCCAAAGUACUGGGAUUACAAGCGUGAGUCACUGCGCCCGGCCAGGUUCAUGAAUUUUUUUAAAAAAUGGUUUAGCAGAACCUACUGUUGAAAUUAACACAUCAGAUACUGUGUGUUCCACUGAAAGCAGUGGGACAAACAAGGUUUUUCUUUUUCUUUUGGUUUUUUUUUUUUUUUUUUUUUGAGACUGGGUCUGAAUUUGUCACCCACACUGGAGUGCAGUGGUGCAAUGGUAGCUCAUUGCAACUUCAAACUCCUGGGUGCAAGUGCUCCUCCUGCCUCAGCCUACUGAAUGUCUGAGACAACAGGCUUGCACCACCAUGCCCCGUGUGGAUAAACAAGUUUUUGUUGUUGUUACUAUUUCCACCCACUUGGCUUAUCUUUGGAUGUUUAGUUACAUGUGGAUCAGAUAUUUACAUGAUUCUGAAGAUCUGCUCACUGAAAUUAGUGAUAAAAUGUUGCAAAAAAAAAAAAAACACCUGAAUUACGAUAAAUAUACUCACUCUGUGGACCUGUGAACGGUAAACAGCUCUUUGAGUUUGAAAAUUGUAAGCAUUAGGAAUAUUGGGUAUUAUUUGGAAUUAUAACAUUACCUAAUAGAACUUCUGCUAUAUGACAAGCAAAAUCACUUUCGGCCUUGUGCAAUGGGCUGCUCUCUAACUAGUACCUCUGCUCUCAUUUCUAUAUAUCAUGCAAGAGAUUGCUUUCUAAUAGAAGCCUGAUUAAACUGAGAUGUUUGAUGCAUACGUCAUUAAUUUUCUGUGAACAUUUAGUAUGAUGUUAAACCAUGAUACAAGUGUAGAAAAAAAAACCAAAAAUUCAAACUGUGUUAGCUGACACUGAAAAGACAAAAACUUGGAAUGUCAAGUCUUUUAUCAUGGAAACUUUGAUUUCAGAAGAAUGUGAUCUGGACUUUUGUUAUUAGUAAAAAUAAUACUUGUAGGAGAAAAAAAUGCCUGGUAAAUUAUUUUUGUGUGUUCUAAGAACAUAUGUUUUUUUGCUUUUUCCUUUCUUUCUUUCUUUCUUUUUUUUUGAGACAAGAUCUGGCUCUAUCACCCAGGCUGGAGUACAGUGGCAUAACCUCGAGUCACUGCAACCUCCACCUCCUGGGCUUAAGAUAUCCUCCUGCCUCAGCCUCCCAAGUAACUGGAAUUACAGGCACCCAGCUAAUUUUUUUUUUUUUUUUGUAGAGACGUGGUUUCACCAUGUUGCCCAGGCUUGUCUUGAACUCCCAAACUCAAACAAUCCAAUCAUCUCAGCCUCCCAAAGUGCUGGGUUAACCAGCAUGAGCCACCACACCCAGCCGCUUUUCUUUUUUUCUUUUAAAGACAGGGUUUCUCUCUGUCACCCAGGCUGGAAUACAGUGGCAAGCUUGUGACUCAGUGCAGACUUGAAUUCCUGGGCUCCAGUGAUUCUCCCAUUUUAGUCUCCUGAGUAGCUGGGACUACAGGUGCAUGCCACCACACCCAGCUAAUUUAUUUAUUUUUUAUUUGUGUAGAUAUGGGGUUUCCCUAUGUAGCCCAGGCUGGUCUUGAACUCCUGGGUUCAAGUGAUCCUCCCAGCUCUGUCUCCCAAAGUGCUGGGAUUACAGGCAUGAGCCACUGCGCCCAAGCUAAGAAUGUACGCUUUUAAGUCCCACAAGGAAAAAAUAUUUUCGGUAAAUAAAAUUAGAGCAUAAAUGUCAUGAUUUACCUAAGGUUUACAGUAAGCAACAUAAAAGAUGUGUGAUAUUGAAUGACCACAAAGUAGUUUUGAUUAAAGACAGUUCUAGUUUGCAUGGGACUUUGACAAUGCUGCAUUUUAUUUUACUUUUUAAUGUGCACACUGGUACAUGUGGAACUACUCUACUCCUUUUCAAAAUGUACUUCUCUGUUCUGGAAUGAAUACUUUUUAAGGGUGUAAGCCCCAGGGCGUGAAAUGAAUGCAGUAGAACUGGCCUCUACAUUUCUUUUUGGUGUUUUUUCCUCCUGUAAGACCGGGCCAGCUGCGAUGGGCAGAGGACACUGCCUCUCUCUCCAAGUACCUCAAUAAGUCAUUGACCUACUUGUGCCUCAGGUCUCUCAUUUGCAAAAUGAGAGUCCUAACUGAUUAACUCAAAGACUCCCCUUCUAGAGCUUAAAACAUUGAACAGAAUGCAGUUAAACAAGAAAGGGCUAUGUUUGUUGGUUUUGUUUUGUCUUUUUUGGUGUAGUUACUUGGUUUUUGUGUAUAAUGGAAUGGAAUCAUAUCACGUUCUGGUUAUUGUCUGAUAUUAGUUUCAAAAACUAAUAAAAAAUACUUUAAAACUUCA